CGAAACCAGAAAUUCACUCUUUUGUCCCUUGUUGUCGGUUUUCGGGAAAAAAAUCACAAUUCACAACAAUGCUCGCCUUCCGCUCGACCGCUCCCUCCCUCGCACGUGUCUUGCAAGGCUCCGCCACUUCGGUGGGCAAGGUUGCUCGCACGCCCCUUAUUACUAGCCGCAUUCUCCCAGACCCAUCAGGCCACCACGACGGCCACCACGACGGCCACGGCGCUGUUCCCGGCGUUGCCUACCGCGAGGAGCCCACCUUCCUGACUGCCCGAUCGCUCCCCCGCGUCGCCUCGGCCAACCAGGUCUUCUCGACCUCAAUGCUGCCCCGCGGCGUUCGUUAUGCGCACACCGACAUCCAGGUCCCCGACUUUAGCCACUACCGUCGCGAGAUUGCCCCCACCGAAGCCAAGGGCGACCCGACCUCGCGCCUCUUCUCGUACUUUGUUGUCGGCGCCACUGGUGUCUUCACCGCCUCCAUCGUCAAGAACAUUGUUGUCGACUUUGUCAUGAGCAUGAGCGCGUCCGCCGAUGUUCUCGCUCUUGCCAAGGUCGAGGUCGAUCUUUCCGCCAUUCCCGAGGGCAAGAACGUUGUCGUGACAUGGCGCGGCAAGCCCCUGUUUGUGCGCCACCGCACUGAGGCCGAGAUUGCAGAGGCCAACAGCGUCAGCUUGUCCGAGCUCCGUGACCCGCAGAUGGACGCCGAGCGCGUUCAACAGCCCAAGUGGCUCGUUCUGCUUGGUGUUUGCACUCACCUUGGCUGCGUGCCAAUUGCAAGCGCUGGCGACUUUGGUGGCUAUUUCUGCCCUUGCCACGGCUCACACUACGACGUUUCUGGUCGCAUUCGUCGUGGCCCUGCUCCCCUCAACUUGGAAGUACCGCCGUACAGCUUCUUGGAGGAAAAUAAGAUCAUUGUCGGUUAAAUUGACCACCAACAAUGGUUUUAUUGUUUCCUUUCGUGAUUCUUUCUUUUUGUCCUCCCUCUUGUCCCUCCCCCUUUCCCCCCCCCCCCAACUUAAUUGACAUUCUUCAUGCUCCGGAUGUCAUGCCAUGAUUGAUUAUUGGCCUGUUUCUGUAUCUUGUUUUGUUCUUCUCUCUCUCUUUUUGUUUGAUUACAUUUUUCCAACUUGUA